AUGUCAGAACCAAUGCAACCGACAAACAUCCAAACAUCGAAACCACAAAGAAUCGAUGCUAGUCGUUCGAGCCGAAAUAUUUCUUUCUUUCUUUCUUAUCUGAUUUAUUUUCACUUUCCCUUGUUCAUUAUUUUCGCUUUCUUUGUUUCUUUCAUUGUGCAUUUUCUUCAUUUUCUUUAUUCUUUCUUCGGACACUUUUUCUUUCUUUCUUUUUUCUUUUUUUCUUCGGACCUUUUCUUCUUUCUUUCUUUCUUUCUUCAUAUUUUCCCAGUUGAGCCACGUUUUGAUCGAGUCUUGCGUUGUCUCCUUGUCUUUGUUUUUUCUUUUUCCUUUGUCAUUCUUUCUUUCUUUCUUUCUUUCUUUCUUUCUUUCUUUCUUUCUUUCUUAUUUUUAUACGUGGUUGUUUCUUUUUUCUUUUUUUCUUCUUUUUAUUUUUUAUUUCUUUUUUUCUUAUUUUUUUCUUUUAUUCUUAUUUUUUUUUAUACGUGGUUGUUUCUUUUUUCUUUAUAUUUUUUCCUUCUGUUCUCUUCUCAUUAUAUUUUUACUUAUAUAUUUCGUUCAUUUUCUUGUGGCAUCAUUUUAUUCCUUUUCCUUCCUUCCUUCCUUCCUUCCUUCCUUCCUUCCUUCCUUCCUUCCUUCCUUCCUUUCACUUCCCUGAUUCUUUCUUUCUUUCUUUCUUUCUUUCUUUCUUUCUUUCUUUCUUUUUUUUUUUUUUUAUUUUUUUUGCUUUACGAUUUUAAUCUUUCUUUCUUUCUUUCUUUCUUUCUUUCUUUCUUUCUUUCUUUCUUUUGA